ACACGUUUUCUGUUCAUACAUUCAUAUUAAUUUCGAUACUACUCUAACAGAGUUUGGGGUGAUUUAAGCGGACCGGUGCGACGCGCACAUCGGCAUAACCGGUGAAUUCCUCCACCGAGACCGAAGCUCCGUCUAUACAUUCCCCGUCAAUCCGCUUCAGGCCAGCGGCGACAGCAUGAGCCAGCGGUUUACGGUGACCACCGGGGACAUCAAGGGCGAAGUGAACCAGCUGUUCGAGGGCGAUGAACCGACACCGAGCGCAUCCGAAGGCUCCGUGAAAGGAGAUGGUCAACCCAAGGAGAGCAGUCCAUUCAUCAACAGCACCGACCCUGAGAAGAACCAGCAAUAUGAUGGCAAGAACAUGGCCUUGUUUGAGGAGGAGAUGGACACAAUUCCCAUGGUGUCGUCACUCCUCAGCAGUCUCGCCAACUAUUCCAACCUGCCGCAGGGCAGCAAAGAGCAUGAGGAGGCGGAAAACAACGAGGGAUCACGCAAGAAACCUAUACAGGCUCCACAGAUGGGCACACUCAUGGGCGUAUACAUGCCAUGUCUGCAAAAUAUUCUGGGUGUCAUUCUGUUUCUCCGAAUGACGUGGAUGGUGGGCAUCGGAGGGGUCAUCGAAGCCUUCAUCAUCGUCCUCAUGUGCUGUUCCACUACCAUGCUCACUGCAAUAUCAAUGAGUGCUAUUGCCACAAACGGAGUCGUGCCAGCUGGAGGCUCAUAUUACAUGAUCUCUCGUUCUCUGGGCCCUGAGUUUGGUGGAGCUGUUGGCAUCUGCUUCUACUUGGGCACCACAUACGCUGGAGCCAUGUACAUCCUGGGCUGCAUCGAGAUCCUGCUGGUGUAUAUUGUACCACAAGCGGCCAUUUUUAAGAUGGAGGGUCUGGAGGGCGCGGAGGCAGAGGCUGCCAUGCUCAAUAACAUGCGUGUUUAUGGCACGAUUGUGUUGAGCUUCAUGGCUCUCGUUGUGUUUGUAGGAGUGAAGUAUGUCAACAAGCUGGCACUCGUCUUUCUCGCCUGUGUCAUCUGCUCCAUCCUCGCCGUCUACGCCGGAGUCAUCAAGACCGCCUUUGAUCCUCCCAUUUUUCCCGUGUGUGUGCUGGGGAACCGGACGUUGGUGUGGAAGGGUUUUGAUUUGUGCGCGAAGGUCAUCGAGAGAGAAAACGUCACAGUCACGACCAAACUCUGGCGGAUGUUCUGUGACUCGGAGUUCCUUAAUGCCACCUGUGACAGCUACUUCGCCAACAAUAACGUCACAGAGAUUCAGGGCAUACCUGGAGUCACAAGUGGCAUUCUGCGCGAGAAUCUAUUUGGGAAUUAUAUGGAGAAGGGUUCUUUCAAUGAGAAGGUCGGGAUUUCUGCGGUUGUUGAACCUGAUUCCAUCCCAACCAACAGUAACCGCUAUGUGCUCGCUGACAUAACCUCGUUCUUUACCAUGCUGGUGGGGAUUUACUUCCCCUCUGUGACAGGUAUCAUGGCUGGAUCGAACCGUUCUGGUGACCUGCGUGAUGCACAGAAGUCCAUUCCUGUCGGCACCAUCCUGGCCAUCACCACCACCUCCAUCAUCUAUAUGUCCAGUGUGCUGCUGUUUGGUUCCUGCAUUGAGGGAACUGUAUUGAGGGAUAAGUUUGGAGAGGCUGUAAGAGGUAAUCUGGUGAUUGGUACAUUGGCGUGGCCGUCGCCGUGGGUCAUUGUCAUCGGUUCGUUCUUCUCCACCUGUGGGGCGGGGCUUCAGAGCUUGACGGGCCCUCGUCUCUUACAGGCUAUUGCACGAGACGGCAUUGUGCCGUUCCUCAGGGUGUUUGGCCAUGGAAAAGAAAAUGGGGAGCCCACCUGGGCGCUGCUCCUGACCGCUUGCAUCUGUGAGAGUGGAAUUCUCAUCGCGUCGCUGGAUUCAGUCGCUCCGAUUCUCUCUAUGUUUUUUCUCAUGUGCUACAUGUUUGUGAAUUUGGCCUGUGCUGUUCAAACUCUACUGAGAACGCCCAACUGGAGACCCCGAUUUAAGUUCUACCACUGGACUUUAUCAUUCCUGGGCAUGAGUCUGUGUCUCUCGCUCAUGUUCAUCUGCUCUUGGUACUACGCCAUUGUUGCCAUGGUGAUCGCCAGCUGCAUUUACAAGUAUAUCGAGUUUCGAGGGGCGGAAAAGGAAUGGGGUGAUGGAAUAAGGGGGUUGUCGCUCAGUGCCGCACGAUUCGCCCUUAUGCGGUUAGAAGAAGGACCACCACACACCAAGAACUGGAGGCCUCAGAUAUUAGUGCUGGUCAGUAUGGACGCUGAGAUGAACGUGGAGCAACCUCGUCUACUGUCUCUGACCAGUCAGCUCAAGGCUGGGAAGGGAUUGACCAUUGUGGGAACUGCACUGGAGGGAACUUACCUGGAAAACCACUCUCGGGGGCAACAAGCCGAACAGUCUCUGAGGAAGCUCAUGGAGAAAGAGAAGGUUAAAGGUUUCUCUCAGGUGGUUAUUUCCUCCAACAUGAGGGACGCCACUUCACAUCUGGUCCAGGCCGGUGGUUUGGGAGGUCUUCAACACAACACCGUUCUGGCCAGCUGGCCACGCAACUGGAAACAGGCGGAGGACCACCAGAGCUGGAGAAACUUCAUUGAGCUGGUUAGGGAGACGACUGCUGCCAGUAAAGCUCUGCUGGUGCCCAAGAAUAUCUCGGCCUUCCCAUCAAACGGAGAACGCUUCACUGAGGGUCACAUUGACGUUUGGUGGAUUGUUCAUGAUGGAGGGAUGCUCAUGCUGCUACCGUUCCUCCUGCGCCAGCACAAGGUGUGGAGGAAAUGUAAGAUGCGCAUUUUCACUGUGGCUCAGAUGGAUGAUAACAGCAUUCAGAUGAAGAAAGAUCUGACCACCUUCCUGUAUCAUCUGCGUAUAGAUGCUGCUGUGGAGGUGGUGGAGAUGCAUGACAGUGAUAUCUCCGCGUACACGUAUGAGAAGACACUGAUGAUGGAGCAGCGUUCUCAGAUACUCAAGCAGAUCAACCUCACAAAGACUGAGCGUGAACGAGAGAUUCAGAGCAUUACUGAUAGCUCUCGUGGGUCGAUCCGUCGUAAGAACCCGGCCGUGGUCACCACGCAGUUGAGCGUCACUGAGGAGCCGGUCGCCAGCAGCAAAGAGGAGAAACCAGAAGAGGAGGAACAGCUGAUUCAUGACAAGAAUACCAACCCCCCGACCCCUGCCACCCCUCAGUCCCCCGCCGCAGAUGCCGAGACCCCCGGAACGGCCGUACAGAUGACCUGGACAGAAGCAAAGUGUGAUGGCGAGCAGGCUAAACCGAUCGGAGUCACAACACCAGAGGCCAUCAAAGAUCUCUUCAACAUGAAACCAAACCAGUUCAACGUGAGGCGCAUGCACACUGCGCUCCGACUCAAUGAAGUCAUCGUUAAAAAAUCGCAGGAGGCCAAACUAGUUCUACUCAACAUGCCCGGACCACCUAAAAACAAAACCGGUGACGAGAACUACAUGGAAUUCAUGGAGGUUUUAAGCGAAGGUCUCAACCGGGUCCUCCUUGUGCGUGGUGGAGGCCGCGAGGUCAUCACCAUCUACUCUUAAAAACUGACCCCAUUUGCCGCCUUUUACAACUGCCCCUCACUUCCCAGCCCCUACACUAACCCCAACACACAAGAAACUACCCAGUGUUUCCCAAGCAAUAUCCCAGAGCCCCCUUCAGUCAAACUACCCUAACUGAGACACAUUCACAUCGACUGGUCUGCAAACCCAUUCUCAUUGGCCAAACAUCGAUCUUGGCGUUCUUUCAUUUCUAUUUCGUGGUGGACCAGUGAUCCACUGAUUACUGUGAUUACUAUUUAACGAUGAUGCACUGUUGAUGUCAGUAAGUAUUUGGUCGAUGCCCCCUCGCUGUAGCUUUCCUCCAUGUGCAAUACUGUCAACCGUCAAUCACCAUUCUCACCCAAUCAGGAGAAGUCUGGUUCGAUUGUUGUUUUGUUUUUAAUGUUCUUUGUUUUGGGAAAGAGGAUGCGUUCAUGACAUUCUAGGGUUAAUGAAGAUGGAUUCGACGUUCACGACUUUGGCAAACGAAUGCUGCAGAAAAUUUUUGCUUUGGUAGUAAUGGAUCUUCUCAACAUCUUGUCUCCUGAACUUUGGGAAAAGAUUCUCAAGGUUUGAACUCGACCCUCAUCAUCGAGUUGAAAUUCAUCAAUAGCAUUGAAAUUCUGAAAAGAGUGUUUACUGAGAAAACAAGCUUAACCAAUUUUGAAGUCAACAUGAAAUCAAAACUGAAUCUAUUUACUUUCUAAAUACACCUUCCUGCUAUUAUCGGUGCACGUUAUUCAUAAUUGUUCAUCACAGUGCUCCGCCUCUGAAACGAUUUUACGUUUCAGCUGACAUCACCAAGCCCUCUUAUUUUUCAGUGCCCAUCCAUUCUCAUUGAACAUCCUGUUACAGAAAUGCAAAAUAGGUUGCGAAUGCCAUUUCAUGUUGACUUUAAGAUUGAUUUGUUUACUGUAUGUAUAUUUCCACACAAAGUCCUUCUGUUUUAUCUGCCUUUGUGUCUCAUCAAACUCUUUCAUCCCUUUUGUUUUUUCCUUUUUCCUUUUAAAGUGGCUAGCUAUCCCCCUGCCGACUGUAAACACGAUAUGUGCCAAAAAUUAGACUGACAGGGUGUGCGCCUUACUGUCUGACAGCGAAACGGCAAACGAGAGUUGUCUAUCAGUGUAGCUGAAGCUGUAAUUAGCAGAAAAAAGAGUACCCCACCCCCUCCCCCUACACAAAAAUGAAACAAAAAAUUACUCCACUCCAAGUGGUGUAAAUAGUGUAUAAGGCAUUAUUACAUAUUGAUGUAGUAUAUUUAUUGUGAAAUAACCGAAGCUUCUGGUGCAAAAACAACGCUGUUAUCUUACAGGUUCAGGAUCUUUUUUGUGGCUACAGGUGGCUAUGGUGGCUUAAAGUGUACUCUGUAGUACCGAACUUCCCAUCCCCUACAAGCACUCAACCUGCACUGACAGCCACUGUGUUACAAAUGAUUUAGUGAGUCGAUGGAUUCAUUAAAUGAACGUGUGUGUGCAUGUUUGUGUGAGCAAGUGAAUGAGUUGCAUUCUUGAGCAUAUGGAAAUUACCCAUUUUUCCCCAUUUUGCAAAACAAAGACCUCCUAUGUUCAUUGUAUUUACAGAUAAAUCUAUAUAAAUUAUCUAUUUCACAGACAAAAUCCUAUAUUAUCCUUGGUGGGAUAUGCCAGAAAUUUGUUUUCUAGUGUCAGAGCUAUAUACCUUUUUUUUUUUGCCAAAUGUAGAUUUCACUCGUGCCAUAUUCAUGAAAAUGUGCAUUUUUGUCAUAGAAUUAAAGAAUUGAUGCCUCGUCACUUUAAAAAGAGAGAUAAAAUAUGAUGCUGCGUCCAGUUCGAAAUGAUCAUAAUUACAAGUUUUGGCAUGUGAAAACUGCAAAUUUUGAACUCUUAGGCCUCAUCCUUACUAAUCUGUUCUAAUGGCACUUUUCCACUGCACGUUACCUCAACUCUACUCGCUUUACUUUUCUGAGCUUGCAUUUCCACUGCAGUUAAGCGCCUCCUCAGCAUUGGUUUAUAGGCUGAUCGUCAUAGUUGCACCGCCUCUACUGCCGUGACAUCAUCUUAAACACGACACAAACUGACCAAAACAAUAACACGACCGCUAGCUGUUAGCUACUAGCUCAUUGUGCUGUAUAAAGCAGUUGUUGCAUGGUGAUUUUACAAAAGUGUAACAGUUAAAUUGGCCUGGUUGUUUUAGAAGCUUUCCAGUAGCUGGUCAACUAAAUAAACUGAAGCUUGCAGUCAGAGUAUAGAGUUAACUUUACAAAACGUACCAUCCUCCAUCGUAGCUGAGUCCAUGGCACUCUCCCUCCCAUUGCUCACCGGUUUAGAUGGCGUCCAUUUGGUCAAACCAUUUCCACUUUUCCUUGAUGGUUCUGUAGUCACUUUUACGGUUUUUUUUUAAAACAGCAGAGCCAACAGCUGAGACACUUCCUGAGAGACUUGAUCGGUUUGCUCAUCGCUAACGAGUGGACCGUCUGCACCUCGUUUAUUGACCACGGCGUGGUUUUCCGCACAGCCAUUUCUUUCUUCACAAUUCGAAAGUCACGUGAACAAAUGAUACCACUAUCGCUGUUGCUAACUUUAAAACUAGCAGGUUGAUGUCGCGUGUCGGAAAUCCAGUGACGUUGGUAGUGACGAUUCUCCCUGACCAAUCAAUGAUCUGCAGGAUUUUGACGCCACAUUUAGUAUCGGCUCGGCUCGCUUGGAACCUCGACCGAGGUGGUACUAAAAAGGUACCAGGUACUAUCCACAGUGGAAAACCCCCAAAAAAUCGAACCGUUGUACCGUUGUACCGUGCAGAGGAAAAGCCCCAUAAAUUGAAAACACUGCUUUUGGGUUACUAACGUAAUAGUUUUCCAAAGUAUGCAGUAAAUGGAGAGCAUUUUCAAAAUGCUAUAUUUACGGUGGAUGAAAGGCUUAAAUGUUGCGAUAUUAAUGAAAGCUCUGACUUCUCCCAUUUGAUCGGUUUCAACAGUUAAAGGUUGUUAGGUAGCAACCUCUGCUUGAUGUCAUAAUGCGUUACUAUUGGGUAAAUGUUUAGCAAGAGAUACAUUUAUGUGGGAAUAUGGUGUUUUGCUGUCAUCGGUAACAAAGCUGCAUAUGAAUGCAUUUUGAGGUCAGAGCUGUAAUUACGGUAAUUUCACCAUUUUUAAUGUGGCAAUAGAUUGAGCUGUUAUGAAACUAGAGAAGAAAGGGUAGUAUAGAUUUGAAACUGGAUUGAAUAAAGUCCAUAAAUCUAAACUCUAUGCAGUGCAACUGUAAUACAUCAGCCAAAUCAUACAGUCAUAUCAUUAUACAGACGCAAAUUCAUUCUUCAGCCUUCAUUUAGGCUAAAAACCAGAUCAAAUUUUUAGUUUAGGUUAGAAAGUGUAUUUUUGAGAACGUAAUAUGUAAAAUUGGGAAAUCAUAUAUUCAUUGCAUUAUUUUUGUAGGGAUAUAGGCUAUUUAUAAAGUUUGAAUUGACUCAGUUUCAGAUUGAAAUACCAACAACUUCAUAUAUAAAUAUAUAUAUUUAUUCAUACGUAAAUACUUGAAUCACUGGUGAGAAAGUAUAUCGUUUACAGAAAUUACAAUAAAAAGUUAAGUUUAUGUUUUAAACCUCUCAUAACAUGAAUGCUGCUGCUAAUGUAUGAAUAGAUUCAUUUGAAAUGUGCGUUUACAUAGAGUGAAAGAAAAAAUAUUUAAAGUUAUAUUUACAAGGUAAUCGCGGGGAGGGGUUGACACUGCGAAUGCAAACGUAUACUGGCGUUUAUAUCAAAAACAAGCAGUUUUGAAGACUUCAGCCUUAUAUAAUCAGCUUUAUCAUGUUGUGUUUAUCUCAUUUAAAUUCUGUUUUUGGCCGAACGGUUGUAAUUUCGACUGACGGCAACAACGUUCACUUUCAGCACACUAAAUCGGAACGAACCGCAACCAUGCAUUGAAACAUAAUGUAGUUUAAUGAAGUACUGCCUGCAUAGACUGAGCCUCUGAUGACGUUUUGAGAACAAACGAAGAUUAGUUAGUUUGAAGAUGUUUUUAGCGAACUCUUGCGAAAUGUAUCGUUCUACUCCUGUCUGCAUGGUGUAUGUUGGAGAAUUUGUUUUAGAUGAUUUAUGUAACGUGUGAAAAGACGUAAAGAGCCGUUCCUGGUGAAACGUCAAGGCAGCUUUUUCUGACUGUUGCCAAUUGCCGACUUUUUUAAGCAGUGGCAAAACGGCUAAAUGCCUGCCCAGAGGUAUCAAGGGAAAAUGUGUGUAUGUAUAGCAUUAUUAUGUGUAGUGUAUUGGUACACAGAUCAUGUUAAUUAGAUUAGCGUGAUUAUCGGUGUGUGAUGCGCAUUGUAGGCGUCAUUUUUUGGCUUUGUAUAUAAUAUCACUAUUGAGACACUGUAGCUACAGGGUUGUUUCUUGUUGUGUUUGUUAGGAUGCUUUUCAUACACUGAAAAAAAAAAAAAGUGUUUUUCCAACGGUAAUGUGCAAUAUUGAUUUUGAUGGGAAAUGGAACAUAUGAGGUAUUUCAAUUGACAUUUUUAGUUUGCCCACGAGUCUGCUUCUCUUUGAAUAGUCCUGGACCAUGCAGUUCAUCAACAUGCUUAGUAUGCGAGAGAAGUGUGCGUCACAUCUGUUCUAUGGUGGCUGAGAUAGAAAUGCACUUUAUACAGAGUAAACGUUCUUUACGUCCAUGGUGACAGUGACAAUUGAGCUGCCGGAGUCAUGAGCAUGCCAGAUCAUUUCAGCGCCGAUGCCUCUAGUGGUAGAAGUGUGAACUGCAGUCAUUUAAUUUAGAGGAGCAGCCGUAUGGUGAAGAACAGAUUUGUUCGCCACAGUAACGUACUACCUGGAAAUAUAAAUUUUAUUAUACUGUCAAAAUGUGUGUUUGCAGUUUAUUUGGCAUGAAUUUAUAGCAUUUAUUUAAAUUUAUUGAAAAUGAUUAAAAGAGUAUAUGUAGAUGUAAAAAAAAUAUAUAUAUAUAUAUAUAUAUAUAUAUUUCUUAUACAAGUCACUGAAUUGAUGUGGUGACAUUUCCUUAACAUUACUUUACCCUUCCUCCCAUAAACCCUCCUUUCACCAUGCAUCAUUCCACCAUUCCAAACCUACAAGCACCGUAUUGAAAUGUGAACACUGUAUAAAUACAAUCAUAAAAAAAUUGAUUAAAGACUAUGAACAAGCGCUUCCACUGCUGGGCUUGGCUCUAUUCAAACUGACAAUGGACAAAGUACUUUCAGUGUUAUCCUUUUCAUUUAUUCAGCAUUACAUGAUAAAACCUGGCUCAGGUGUAGCAAGAAGAGAAUAUUGAGGAAUAUUGAGGCGUUCUCUUGGGAGCAGACACAUUUUGGAACAAAAAGGGCUCUAAAGUUUAGUUUUAAAGUUUCUCACCUACUGAGACUGACCCAUGCCAAUAGAUGUCCAAAAUAUGGAAAUCUCGCUUCAUUUUGAGAGUAUUCAUUGAAUUAACCUAGCCUCAUAACAUACCUUGACCUCUGAGGUCACUUCAAGCUUUUAAGGCUAGUAUUUGUUUUGUGAAACAUUCCAGUAACAUUGCAUGAACACUGAAAAAUUUGGAAAAACAAUUGUUCUCAGUGAUGUCAUACAAUGGCAGUUUAUGGUGACCACCUCUUCAAGUUCAUGUUGUGUUUUCUGUUGUUAAUAUCGCUGGUGGUCCUGUUGAAUUGAAACAAAAUGAGUUUUCGCUUGAACGCCCAUGAGCUUGUGAGCAGCUCCAGUGAUCUGCUCUCGUGCAGGGAGCUCUAAAGCUCACGUGUCUUUCUCACGAACACGCACAGGAGACCAACAGUCGUUGAAGAUUUUCAAUAAAUAAUACGUUAGUUAUUGGUUUGUUUCUCACCAAACCUUAUUGUAUUCCUUCAGAACAAGACAUGAGUCUCAUGGAAUCAUUUAUUAGAGUUCUGAAUUAUACUUUUGUGUUCUUUAGAAGCUUGAAGAGGUGGUCACCAUAAACUGCCAUUGUAUGACAUCACUUUUUCACUUUGUGUUAAGAAAAAGACAAGGUCAUAUAGAGUUAUAACAACACAGGGGUGAGUAAAUAAUGAUGGAAUUUUAAUUUUUGAGUGAACUAAUCCUUUAAGAGGACAAAUUUUGAAAUGUGAAUAAAUCCAUGUGAAACAGUUAAAAUAGAGCCAGGCCUGUUGUCCUGUUUAACGCAUGCACAGUAUCCUGAACAAACUGAAAUAUAUAUAUAUAUAUAUAUAUAUAUAUAUAUAUAUAUAUAUAUAUAUAUUUCAGUUUAAAUUAAAUGUUUUGUGAUACACCGUAUUAUGUUCACGCCAGUUUAUUUAAGUUAUUUGAAUUGUAAAUGUGUUUUUACAAGAUGUUUGGUGUUCUUGUUCUAUACAACAAUUUCUUUGGAUCAAUUAGUAUAUUAGUGUGAAUGAAUAUUGAUUGGUUAAAGGGGUCUAUUUUUACUAUAGUUAGUUUAGUUAGUUAGUUUAACAACAAAAAAGACCAUUUUGCUUUUAUUGUUAUGAUCACACAGUUAAAAUCUAAAGAAGAACUGAUUACCAAAGUAUCUUUAUGUUAACCUGCAUAUGUCUUUAGUGUAUUAAAAAAAAAGUGUCAUUCUAAUGAAUAAUAAAAGAAGAUUGAGGGUGCAUUACGUUUAGCAGUAAAAUCAUUAUUAUUUAUACCAGUGUUGUAGUCAUGCCUUAAAUACACAAACUGGCAGCUAUAUGUUAACUAAUUUACUAGAAUUGCAUUGUAUAUGGUUA